AUUACCGUCUGUCCAUGCCCAGCGAUCUGGGCGGCGCCUCGCAGGACGACGACUCCGUGCUGCAGUCGACAGAUUCCGACGUCUUCCUGACAGACACGGCCGCGGAGAACAUGGCCUGCCUCAACUACGUGAACGUCGCCAUCGAGGAGGGAAUGGGAGCCGCGGCGGCCCCCACCAUACCAACCUCGUCGGCCGCCAUGCCCCCGCUAGACGCAGUCCUCCCCCCGACCCACGAGGUGGUGGCCGGCCCCGCGACAAACUGCGCCUACCUGGCGUUUGAACCGCCACGAGCGGCCAGGGGAAACAGACAGGCCAACUACAUCGUGAUAGACCACCAGAACCCGGGCCAGGAGGGGGUAGGGGCUCCGGCCAGUCUGAGCAACCAGUCGCCCACCUCCCCGACCAGCGGGGUCUCCCUGCCCGAGUCACCCAGCAAGAAGCGCGAGAGCUACGCCAUGAUCGACUUCAACCGCACGGCAGCCUUGUCCAACGCCACACGGCCAGUGACCAUGGAGGAGGAGGGCGGGAGGAAGACGAGACACAACAGCACUAUCAGCGACAUGCCCUGACGACCUUGGAAACAGCGACAUGCCCUGACGACCUUGGAAACUAGCGACAUGCCCUGAUGACAUCAGAAACUGGGACAUGCCCUGACGACAUCAGAAACUACAACAUGCCCUGACGACGCGGGAAACAGCGACACACCCUGACCUUCGAAACAGCGACAUGCCCUGACCUGGGAAACAGCGACAUGCCCUGACGACGUCCGAAACAGCGACAUACUCCAUGUCCUGACAUCCGAAACAGCAAUAUGCCCUGACCUCGGAAUCAGGGCGGGAUCCUUCCUUCUAUCUGACACUGGACGUGCUCCUUCUGUCUGGCACUAGGCUGCUUCGUUCGUCUGGCACAGGGAGUGCUCCUUUCAUCUGUCUGGCGCAGGGAGUGCUCCUUUCAUCUGUCUGGCACAGGGUGUGCUCCUUCCUUCUGAAACAGGGUGUGCUCCUUUCAUCUGUCUGGCACAGGGCGUGCUCCUUUCAUCUGUCUGGCACAGGGCGUGCUCCUUCCUUCCAUCUGGCUCAGAGCAGAGUGCGGCGACAGUGCCUGUAUUGACAGAUGUCCGUGUGUCGGAGUUGCAGACUGUUUAUACCCAGUGAUGUGUGUCGUUGACAGCUGCCUGUUGUAAUCCUUAAUGUGCUCGUGUCUCGCGUGUGUGUCGCUGUGAUGUGAAUGACAUCACUGACGAGGUGUGUCAGACCGUUGCUUGUCAUGGUGGAGCGUGUUGUCGUCUGCGGUGUUGGUACGCAGGGCGUGGCGUGUCGUGUGUGGCGGUCCCUCCUCGGUUCAGCCGUGACGAGCGACGUUUUCUUUCAUCGUGUCAGCGAUAUGUGACCUUGCUCGGAUACGUCUGGUGCUCUCGGAUGUCGGAUCUGAUGACUUGACAGUUUUGUUGUUGAAAGUUUGGUGCGCAGCACAACCGGAAAGCUUGUUACUUAUUCUCGGAGACAAUCACACUGCCAGAAAUGUAUUGAGAUUACUACUUGCCAAAAUGUGUUAUAACUACGUGUUCUGAGACGUGAACCGUGUCUCGCAAAUUGCCAAAAGGGACAAGCAAUAUCGCUCCUCUGCUGCAGCACAGUGUGCAUCCGGUGAUGUUGUGCAGUCAUGGUUAGUCUCUCUGCCCCUACGGGCGAAAAUAACAAAAAA